AUGCCGGCUGGGAAGAGACGGGUUUAGGACCCGGCCGUGGCGGCAGGCGAGCAGCCCAUGUGCUCCCUCCCUCCCUCCCUCUAUUGUCUGGGAGCAGCAGCCCCGAGCUGCCGGCUGCAGACGGAGGCGCGGCAGGGGCGCAUUGGCAGAGCUGGUGCGGCGCUCGGGAGCUGGGGCAAGUUGCGGGCGCAGGGCGCGGGCGGGGGGAUCUGAGCCCCCCGCCAGCCCCAUGGCCCCGGGACGGGCAGGGAUGGUCCCCCCGGGCUCCGGCCGCGGCUGCCUUGUCCUGCUGGCCGCGCUGCUGGCUCUGGAGACGGCGAGAGUGAGCGGUGAAUUGGACCCCUCCGACCUUGUGUACCUGCCAGCUGAACUCAAAGUGCUGGACAUUCCAGACCAUUUCCGGCUGCAGCGGGUGGAUCGGUACCUGCCCAGAAAUGCUUCCCUGGGCUCCCGCUCUGAGACUUACCUCCUCCUCCAUCGCCAGCCCAUGGCAAAGCCUCUUGUCCAAGCCACCUACCUGCCCUUCACUGCCCAACAGGCGGUGCCGGCAGCCGAUCCCCACCACAGGUACGGCUCCGUGGCCUGGGACGUCCGAGCCGUGUCCAUUGAGGGCACAGUUUCUCCAGCUGAGCCGUAUGCCAGGGUCCUCUUCCACCUCAAGGGGCAGGACUGGCUGCCGGGACGGCAUGACCUGCCCUGUGUCUCCCUGCAUGCUUUCCACCAGACGCAGGCUGUGCAUGGAGCCUGCCACUUCCAGGCACCCCUGGGAGUGUGCGUGGUGGAGCUGGAGUUCCCCCCACGCUGGUUCUCCGCCACGCACCCCUCCUCACACAGCCGGAGCAGAGCUGCGGAGCCCGCCCAGCACCCUGAGCGAGCCGAGCUGUACUACAGCCUGGGGACUGGGGAAACGUCUGCAGAGUGUAGCCAUGCGGGGCCCCAGGAGAGGCCCCGGCCAGGCGCUGAGGGCACCAAGGAGAGACUGCACUAUGUUGGCGCUGUGGAGCUGCGAGCCACAGAUCCGCCUCGGCGCCAGGAAGUGCGGCUGGAUGACAACGUGCUCAUCCGGGUCCCCGACAUGGCACUGCGGCCAGGGCAGCUCUUCACGGCCACCCUGAUUCUCCAGCAGAACUUCACCGCUGACCUGCUGACUCUGAGGAUCAAGGUGAAGAAGGGGCUGCAGGUUCUAGCGGCCCGUCCCGCCGUCCCCGAGGCCUGGACGGCCAAGCUGGACAAGUUCAAGGGUUCCAAGCAUCACACCGCUCUGGUCACCUGUCGCCGGCUGGAUGCUGGCCAGUUGGACUGGAGGGCAGCGGAUUUCCCCGAGUUCCUCUACCUGGAUUUGGCGGUGGAGAACGGCACAAGGGGCCUGGCCUCCACGCGCCCUGUCACCUGGCAGGUGGAGUACCCUGGCCAGGACCCUGAAGCCGAGAAGGACAAGAUGGUGUGGGAGAUCCAGGUGUCAGAGCGUGACGUCAGGGCGCUGGUCCCGCUGGUGAAGGAGCAAGAGAUCGUGAACACUGCCCCCCUGACAGGGAUCCCCCAGGCAGUGCCGGUGAAGCUGGUUGCUGUGGAGAUGGGGGGAGCUGUGUUCGAGGUCACCGAGCAGAUGGGCUGUGAGUCUGCCAAUAAACAGGUUCUGAAGGUGACAGACGCGUGCGACUCUGUCUACGUGGGGGGCAAGGAGAGCCGGGGCGCCCGUGGGGCACGGGUAGACUUCUGGUUCCGCCGGCUCCAUGCCUCACUGCUCUUCACCGUCUGGGUGCCGCUGCUGCCACUGCGCGUCGAGCUGACUGACACCACGCUGGAGCAGGUGCGCGGCUGGAGGGUGCCCAGUGCCACUCCAGACAGCAGUGGCCUGGCGGAGCCCGAGGAGGCUGGGGAGGAGGCAGAGAGGCAAGCUCGCAGCUGCCGGCUCCAGUACCAGCGUGCCGGCGUCCGCUUCCUGGCGCACUUUGUGGCUCACCCGCUGGAUGGUGGACGGCACCUGACCUACAUGCCAAGCCCCAACUGGCUCCUGGAUGUCUCCCACCUAGUGGGCGGGCAAGCCAAGGUGCAGGACCCCCGCGUGGCCACGCUGGAGGGUGGGAGCGUGGUGAUUGGCCACGAACCGGGAGUGACGUCAGUGGAGGUGCGCUCCCCCGUCUCAGACUCCAUCCUGGGCGAGCAGACCCUGGUGGUAUCGGACGAGAAGGUGGCCGUGUUGGAGCUGCAGGCCCAGUUGGUGUCAGGCCUCUCGCUGGUGCUGAGCACGGAGCCGGGACACCCCGACGUCCUCACCGCCACCUGCCAGGCACUCUCAGCCCUGCACUCCCCAAAGCAGGAAGCAGCACUCAGUGUCUGGCUGGCAUUCACCGACCACACGCUGGCCCCCAUGGAGCUCUACGGCUGGCGGGAUGUGGCGCUUUCCGUCUCCUCCCUGGACCCUGGCGUGGCCUGGGUGCGGCCAGAUGAGGAGCUGGCUCCCCCGCUGAUCGUGGCCGAGGGGCCGGGCCGGGGGCCCCUCCUGCAGCUGGGCCUGCACACCGCGGACUCCUGCCGCAAAGGCAAGCACCGGGCACCGCUGGCCGCUGGCGCCGCCUGGCUGGAGGUGGGCAUCAGCCGGCGGCUCCCAACCCCCGGUGACCCACGGCCCCGCAAUUCCCGCCCGGAGUCCCCCUUCCAGCGGGCCGAGGGGGCCAUGUCGGGGGAGGCGAUGACAGCAGCAGCUACGGAGUCCAUGGUGGGGCCCCAGAAAUGGGCCCCAGCUGGGGUGGGACCCGACCUGACCAAGUUUGAGGGGCCCCAGGGCGGCACCUCUUCCAAUGAUGAAGAGCCUGGGGAGGAGGAGGAGGAUGAGAUCGUGAAGGCCCCCGAGCAGGUGACAGACCUGGAGAUUGGGAUGUACGUUCUCCUGGGCGUCUUCUGCCUGGCCAUCUUCAUCUUCCUCAUCAAUUGCAUUGUCUUUGUGCUGCGCUAUCAGCGCAAGGAGCCCCCUGACGCCGGCUCAGGCCUGGCCCCCUCCACCCAGCAGCCCCACAACUGGGUGUGGCUGGGCACCGACCAGGAGGAGCUGAGCCGCCAGCUGGAUCGCUGCAGCCAGCACCAAGAGCUCAGCCCCAAUCCCACCCCCGACCCCUCCGCCGCUGCCAAAGAUGGUGGAUGCUGCUGCUGUGGGACUCCCCCGGGCACGGAGGGAGGCAGGGGGGAGGCUGGGGCCCCUGAGGUCACGGAGCCUGACGGGGGGGUCUCCACCAGCACUUUCCUCCCUGCGGUUCUGGGGAGCCCGGUCCCCCCCAGCACCUUGUCCCGGAAAGAGGUGGCUGCACCGGGAGGCAGGCAUAAGCGAGUGGAGUUUGUGACCUUUGCCUCGCCCCGGGCCCCUGAAGGCGCCACAUCCCCCCCGCCCUCCGCUCCCACUGUCCAGUCCAUCCUGGUGGCCAGCGAGGAUGACAUCCGUUGGGUCUGCGAGGACAUGGGGCUGCGGGACCCUGACGAGCUAAGGAGCUACAUGGAGAGGAUCCGGGGCAGCUCCUGACCUUGGCCCCCCCGCACCCCACUGAUACGGUGCAGGGCAAAGCAGCAAGGGACCAGCCCCCGCUCCCAUUGGCCACCCUCCCAGGGAUCUUCACUGGGAUCCACUGGGCAUUCUCUGUCCAAACCUGCUCCCUCCCAGUCUGUGUUCGGAGGAGAGUACUGCCUCCUGGGGUUGCUGCCAGGGGUCAGGGCUCUACCCACAAGGGACGAGUCGUCCGCCCCUGGAUCGCUGGGAUGUAGGGCUGCGUUCUAUAUUGACUCUGUCUCUGUCCCAGAGAUCCAGCCUGGGUGCCCUGUUUCUACCUUGAUCCCAGCUGAGGUCCCUCUUUCCCUCUCACUGGAGGGAGUU